AACCCUGAACUAGAAUAAUAACCGCGCAGCGCAACCGGCAACUUUGUCGCAAAUGUGCAAAAUUCGUUUUAAACCUACAAUAAUUUAGAAAAGUGUGCAGCUUUUUAUAGUGGGUUAAAAAUUAAAUAAACUGAGAGGCCGUCGCAAUGUCCAGCACGACCGUGUUAAGCUGUAAACUGAUGUUGUUCAGCCGCUGUCUGCGCGCUGUGCUUCUCAGCGUGCUCGUUCAAUUUCUACUGCUGAUCGUAUUUUUGCUGUUUGUUAACUUUGAGUUGAUGCAUCCGGUGCAUUGGGUGGCGGGUACAUUGAGGCUGCUGUGCAGCUUUUACACGUGGUUUGCCAGCAUACCGCUCAUAGGCGCCGUUGUGCUCUAUGGAGUGACGCUCUCCCAGCAACAUCUCGCCGAGCGUCGUUAUUGCAGCACACGCUAUCGUUGGAUGCUCUACAAUGGACCCCGGAAAUUGUUGUUCCUUGGCGCUCAUUUAUUGGUUGGCUAUUUAACAGCCUGGCUGUACACUGGAUAUCUGCAUAGCGACUACCGACAUUUACUGUAUCGUUGUUAUGGCCAGGAUUGUCUGAGUUCCUACCACCUCUUUCUGCUGGGCAUGGGCAUUGUGGCCGGCUGCUACUACUUUGUCUCCGUGCACAUGCGACACCAGGUGUCCAUUGACUAUGCCAUCCUGGAGCAAUCGCGCACGGAGAAGCUGCGUGAGUUGUUGUAUGCCACGCUCCGAAAGGCGCCUUUCAGCUCAUUGCUUCCCACGUUGAGUUACUCGAUUCUAUUUGCCGUGUGUGGAUCUCUGCUGAAGUACAGGCUAAGUCAUCUGCUUGGCGUGGAGGCGGACGAUCGUUUGGUGGGCCUUGUUGAGAUGGCCAGCAAUGUGCGUUUGCUGUUCUAUGCAUGGAUGCUCACCACUCAGAUACUGAGCAAUAUGCAUCUAAUGCGUUGCUUUUUUGCCAUGCUGUUGUCCGAGGAUUUGCCUUUGGUUGUGUCCCGCAAUCGUGUCUCGCUGGCCAGUGAAAAGCAAGUCACAGUGGUCUCCGCUCUGGGACUCUUUAAUGUGCACGUCGUGCAAUCCUUGGCCGCACAUUUCAUUUACAACGAAUCAAAGCGUAAGGAUUCUACCGUUCGCUUGGAAAUCUUCCAAUUGACAGAACCUGGCAAUCGACCAGCAAACUGGCGUGAACUAUGUGACCAAUCUCUCAGUAUUAUUGGCAGUUUCACUGACGACCUCACCGACUCCAUGCGACAGAUCAGUCAGAUGAAGGGCAGCGAACAGAGCAGCGAUAUUAAUGGUCCACUGUUGGCUGAAAAGCUGCUGCUCCGUCAGUACAAUCAAUUAUAUGGCAUCCGUUCAGCUGUUGCUCCUCCGCCGAGUGAAGAUCAUGUCCAGCAGUGGGAUACAAAACCACGGCACGUGCCCAACUGGUGCGAGCGCAUUUCCAUUCAGCUGGAAGAGUCACUGCAGCGGAUGCUGCGACGUAUUCCUGGCAUCAUCUAUCUCUUUGUCGAGCCGGAGGGAGCCAAGACAAUGUUCAUGCUGGAGAAUUCAUUGCCAGUUGUAUGGCUAACCCAAGCGCUGGCCGAGAUUUGUGUUGCCUCGCUCAAGGAGGAUCGCUAUGGUGUGGUACAAGAUGAUCUGCCUGCCAUUAUCAAGUCCCUGCAUCGCCUGAAGUGCGAAUUGGACAAGUUGAGCAACACCAUGAUCAACUUGAAGGCAAACAACAUUAGCUUCAAUUAUCUGCGCUGUGCAGUGCGACGUAGUCUUUAUAACAUUUGUAAUUCAUUUUACGACUAUCUGGAGGAGAUAACACCCACAGGCGAGGAGUUGCACCAGCUGCAAUCCUUCGUGCAUCACGGAUGAAAGUUUGACUGAUCAUCAUCAUCAACAUUAUCUACAUCCACAAUUGUUUUAAGUACCAAAUGUUUGCAUCUCUUCUUUCUUUUUAGUUGUCUUCGGUAACAAUAAAAAUUAAUAAAUACAGUUACAAUGUACAUGUUAUA